AUGAGAAACGUGUCUACGUUUAAGCACAGCGAUCUGAAUGAUAUCAUGGCGAAGGAGCAGGACAGAAGAUUGACUCUGCUGAAGGAAGGUUGCAAGUAUUUUAACAUGUCAACCUCGGGUCGCGUGGACUUUGCUCACAUGCUCGUCAACGACGCGCAUAAGCUCCUCUUCAACUUCAUCCCUAAAGUGUCCUGCUCAACCUGGAAAGGGGUACUGAGUAAACUGCGCUCGCACAACAACACGGGCUUUGCCACGCUGGGUAGAUACUCCGCAGAAGAGCAGAACGCCCGAUUGGCCAACUACCGCAAAGUUAUCUUUGUCCGGGAACCAAUGAGUCGCAUUCUCUCGGCCUACAUGAGUAAGUUCUGCGCUCUGGCCACGCGUAACAAACCCGACUUGCAGCUCCAGUGGGAACGAUGGUUUGGGCGAGACAUUGUCAGGCGGUAUCGAGACAAGAAGGUGCGAACUUUCAAAGAGGGGCAGUUCCUAAACAUCACACUGAGCGAGUUUAUGACAUACGUUUGCGAUCUGGGCAGCGGUAUUAGAAUGAGCCAAAUCAACGACCAUUGGCUUCCGCAACACGUCAUCACUCACCCGUGCCAAAUCAAGUACGAUUUCAUCGGUCAUUUUGAAAACCUGUCCGUCGAAGGGCCGUACGUUUUGAAGUGGCUGGGCGUGGACCGGUUUGUCAAGUUCCCUGAAUACCACGACUCCAAUGCUGUGAAGAACCUUGUUAACUAUUACAAGGAGGUGCCACUCGGUGUCAUACAGAGAAUGAGCAAAUACUACGAGAUUGACUAUAAACUGUUUGGGUACUCAGUGGAUGGUACUGCCAGUCAGUUGACCAAAAGCCUAUUUGGUAGUUAUGAUGAAUAG